ACAUUCCACAACUCCAGCGUUUUCUGAUGUUGCAGUGUUCGUGAAGCAAAAACACGUUUUUUAGUCGUUGUGUUUUACUCGAAAUAAAGAAAAUGAACCGAAAGGAAGAUUAUGAUUCAUACGAGAUUGAAGAGCCGAGCGACGAGGAAGGAGCCGCGAGCAGCUCUGAGGAUGAGCUGGAUGUCCUCCUGAACGGGACGCCGGAGCAGAAGAGGAAGCUGAUCAGAGAGUAUCUGACAGGGGAGAGCGAGUCUUCCAGUGGAGAUGAGUUCGAGAAGGAGAUGGAGGCUGAGCUCAGCAGCACCAUGAAGAGCCUGGAGGGCAGCUGGACGGCGUCCACAGCACAAGGUCAAGCAACUGGGACCAGUGACAGCACUUCUACAGCAAACAAACCACAGACUCAAGAGUAUGACAGCAUCUACUUUGACUCCGACUCAGAUGAAGAUGUUACAGCAGGCGCUUCUCAGGGACUGAGGAGAAAGCAGCGCACUUUUCUCACUAAUGACGAGCUGUUGUAUGACCCAGAUGAGGAUGACAGAGACCAGGCUUGGGUGGAUGCAAAAAGAAAAGCAUAUAGAAAUCAGAGACCGUUACCGCCAUCAGCGAACAGAAGAGGCAAAAGCCAGGCUCUUCCCAGCAGUGACGCUGUGCUCAACUGUCCUGCCUGCAUGACCACACUGUGUCUGGACUGUCAGAGGCAUGAGAAAUAUCAUACGCAGUACAGAGCGAUGUUCGUGAUGAACUGCGCUGUCAACAAAGAGGAGGUUCUGCGCUAUAAAACCAUUAGCAAGAGAAAGCAGAGCCGCAGCAGGAAGAAAGCACGUCAGGAGUCUACACUCACAGAGGCCGAAAGAGAGUCGAAUGCCGGUCUGACUGAUGCACGAUUGGCAGGAAUGGAUGAAGAAGAGCUUUAUCACCCAGUGAAGUGCACUGAAUGCUCUACUGAAGUGGCUGUGUUUGAUAAAGACGAGGUUUAUCAUUUCUUCAACAUCCUCGCCAGUCACUGCUAAAGGCAUUUACUGGACACAAUCUAUCCAAACCACUUCUUUAGAUGGUUUGAUGAAGUGGAUCUGCAGACAAAUUUACUGUAAAUACAUGUGGAGAUGGGUUUGGGGGAGUUUUUGGAGGGAAGGUAUGGGGUUAGACUAGUGAUUUUAUUUAUAGGGUUUUAUUUGAUUUCUGAUGUUGUAAAAUGCAAACACACACAAGUGAUCAGCUUCAUGUAAAAGACAUUUCAUAUUUCCAUAAAGUUCAUUCUAUUGGCUUUAAGAUAUAUUCUUUAAGGUCUUUUUAUUGUAUUUUUGUACCAGGAGAGGAUAUUGAUGUGAAUUAAACUGAAGUGACAUGUAAAUUAUUUACUUAACUAUUUAAUUCCUUAAUGAAUUGCUGGUCUGUUAGGAAAAGUGGCAGAUUGUGCUUUGAAACCCGGUAAAUACACUUAAAAUAUAUUUAUGUACACUAUCUGACAAAAGUCUUGUCGCCUAUCCUAGUUUUAGGAACAACAAAUAAUAACUUGACUUUAAGUGGCUUAUAUGAAAGGUAAAAGCCUGUAGAUUACGCCUAUCUUACCAAAAUAAAAUAUGAUCGUGCCUUGAUUUUUAAUUAUUUAAUUAGGACAGUAAGGUCUGACUCUGCUUAGACAAAAGUCUUGUCACUUAACAGAAAUAAUGUACAGUAUAGAAUAUAAAGUCAUGCUGCAGUGGAAGAACAAUGAAUAUUGUGUAUGACUCCCAUGAGCUUGGAGGACUGCAUCCAUACAUCUCUGCAAUGACUCAAAUCACUUAUUAAUAAAGUCAUCUGGAAUAAUAAAGAAAGCGUUCUUGCAGGACUCCCAGAGUUCAUCAAGAUUCUUUGGCUUCAUCUCCAAUGCCUCCUCCUUCACCUUACCCCAGACAUGCUCAAUAAUGUUCAUGUCUGCUGACUGGGCUGGCCAAUCCUGGAGCUCCUUGACCUUCUUUGCUUUCAGGAACUUUGAUGUGGAGGCUGAAGUAUGAGAAGGAGCAGCUAUCCUGCUGGAGAAUUUGCCCUCUCCUGUGGUUUGUAAUGUAAUGGGCAGCACAAAUGUCUUGAUACCUCAGGAUGUUGAUGUUGCCAACCAUUCUGCAGAUCUCUCACGCUGUGGUAUUGAAUGUAACCCCAAACCAUGAUUUUUUCCUUCACCAAACUUGACUGAUUUCUGUAAGAAUCUUGGGUCCAUGCGGGUUCCAGUAGGUCUUCUGCAGUAUUUGUGAUGAUUGGGAUGCAGUUCAACAGAUGAUUCAUCAGAAAAGUCUACCUUCUGCCACUUUUCCAAAUGAUCGACUAGAAGUCAAGUUAAUAUUUGUUGCUCUUACAACUGGGAUCAAAGUAACAUGUCAUUUUCUGGUAAUUUUAGACUCUGGUAUUUUUUAGAUUUUUAAGAUAAAUACUCUGUUAUAUACCCCAGUUUCACAGACAAUCCUUAAGCCUAAUUCAGGGCUAAAAUGCAAUUUAUUCCUCAACCGAAAGAAACUUGUAACGACUUAAAAUAUCAAUUCACUAUCUUUUUUUUUUCAUCUCUCGCAAAUUUAUAAAAAUGUCUCAAUUGAUCUAUGGCUUGAUCCUGGCUUGUUUCAAUUACUUAUAUAUUAGUCUUUGAUACCAGGUCAUAUGUACUUAUAUUAAGUAUAAUAUACUUACAAAGAUUUUAAAUGCAAUAUGAGGGUUAAG